AUGGCCGCCCCUAUCAAGGAGCUGGAGCCAGGAUCUCUCUACGUGACUGUUUCUCUGCCGCAUCCCAUCGAUAACAAGGACAUGGUAUCCAAGCACAGCUUUGGCUCCAGCUUGCCUCGAGAAAUUGACAUCGCCACAUACGAGAUCCAUUGCGCUCAGGAUCUUGCUCAGGAAGAGUUCAACUGGGGUCUCUACUUCCAUCGUGGACAUCAGGAUGGUAUUUGGUAUUGCUUGACAAGACAGAAUGUGGCAGACUACGGUUCUCCGACGCUCUUCCAACUAUGGCGACAACAGCUACGAACCUCACCCCGACUGCACUGCCAAGUUGUCGGUCUGCUCAGGGUGUUGCGAGUUCCAGAUAUUCUAUGCGAUGAGCUUACCGGAUAUCUUGACUGGUUGGCAUUGGGCUCCUAUGGCACCGUAACUCGAACCUUCAUCUGGGUGACAUCGAUAUAUCUUCGAACUUGGCACCAUAUAAUUAGGAAGCUGGACAAUCCUUCCUUGAAAUAUGGAACGCAAUUUGACGUCAACUUGUUCCUCCGGGAAGCGUUGAGUUUCGUUUAUGCGCACGUCCAGUACGCAAUAGGCGGCCAAUUACCGCGGCCGGUCAUCAAGUCUGCCUUUGGAGUUGAAUUGGGCACGGCAGAGAAGGACAGACGCGGUAAAAACGAGGUGUCGACAGAUAUCGAGUCCAGGAAUGGGAAACAUGCGGCCCCAGGGCCAACGUCGUGCUAA